UAAUUAAUAAGUGAAUGGCAAUAAUGACUGUUCUCCUUUUUCAUCAUUCCACCUAAUCUCUCCCAAAGCUUUGCUUCUUUUUUAAACUCCAUUCAUCUCUUCUCCUAAACCGUUUGAUGUUCAUCAUUUGACUCUAAACAAUUUCGACGGUGACUUUCUCUUUUCUCUCCCAGAGCGUCUCUUUACACACAUUCAUUUCAUCUUUUCUUGUUUCUCGUCAAAUUCUUUGUUCUCUCUUAAAUCAAAUUCUCCAUUUUGUUCAAUAAAUCUUUGUGUUUUUAGAUGUAGAACAUACCCAUCAAAGAAAUAAGCCAGAAGGUUGAUAAUUUUUUGCUUGUUUGUUGUGUGAAUGGAAUUGGAGAGCAUUGAAUGUGUGCCAUCCUCGGAUUUGACUGAUGAGGAUGAGAUCCAUCACCAUCAUCAUCAGUUUCCUGCAAGUACAAAGCCUCAUAUUAAUACCAACAAUAAUAACUCCAGUGUCUCUUCAGUUAUUCAUCCAGGCACCACCAGUGUCCAUGAACUUCUUGAAUGUCCAGUUUGUACUAAUUCAAUGUAUCCUCCGAUUCAUCAGUGCCAUAAUGGGCAUACACUCUGUUCAACAUGUAAAACAAGGGUACACAACCGUUGCCCCACUUGUAGACAGGAGCUUGGUGAUAUAAGGUGUCUAGCUCUAGAGAAGGUUGCUGAAUCGCUUGAACUGCCUUGCAAGUAUAUGUCUCUUGGAUGCCCAGAGAUUUUCCCUUAUUAUAGUAAACUCAGACAUGAGGCUGUGUGCAACUUGAGGCCAUACAACUGUCCAUAUGCUGGAUCAGAGUGCUCAGUUGUUGGGGAUAUACCAUUCCUCGUUGCUCAUCUGAGGGAUGAUCACAAGGUGGACAUGCAUUCUGGAUGCACUUUCAACCAUCGUUAUGUCAAGUCUAAUCCUCGUGAAGUAGAAAAUGCAACGUGGAUGUUAACUGUUUUCUACUGUUUCGGUCAGUACUUCUGUCUCCAUUUUGAAGCUUUUCAGCUGGGGAUGGCUCCUGUGUAUAUGGCAUUCCUCCGCUUCAUGGGUGAUGAAACAGAUGCCCGUAAUUACAGCUACAGUCUUGAGGUUGGAGGAAAUGGGCGGAAACUCAUUUGGGAAGGUACCCCACGAAGCAUAAGAGAUAGCCACAAGAAGGUUAGAGACAGCCAUGAUGGCCUAAUUAUACAGCGUAAUAUGGCACUUUUCUUCUCGGGAGGGGACAGGAAAGAAUUAAAACUCCGUGUUACAGGGCGGAUAUGGAAAGAACAGCAGCACCCAGAAGGUGGAGCCUGCAUACCAAACCUCUGUAGUUAUGGAUGAUCGGAUAAGUCUAGCAGGCUUUCAUAUGGGCAUGCUGAAUUUGUUGUACUCAAGUAAUACUAUGUACAUUUAUAAUAAGUUCAAUUUAAAUACUAAUUAUGAUGUGUCA